GACCACGAUGUAGUCAAGCGGGCGAGUGAGAGAGCCGGAAAGCAGCUUUCUUUCCAUUCCACCCCUGGCUGGUGUUGGAUAAACAGCCGCAAAACGGAAGACUUCUCCGUAGAGGCGGCCGGGGCGCACACACGUGCCUGGCGGGCGAGCCUGCCUUCAUUCAUCGCCGCCUCGCUUUUCUUCCGGGGUUUGGUGGUGCGGCUCCUGCCUCAGCUGCUCCCGACGGCCUCACGAAGCGGAGGCGAAGCUUUGCCACUGGCGGGUUUCGUUCUUGGAGCGGAAGACCCGCUGCCUCCCAACCCCCCCAAACCCCCAUCCUUCCUCGGUGAGUUGCAGCAAGGCUCAGAAUCGCCUCCAACAGCGAGAUGGGCGCCAUCAUACCCAUAAUAAUAGCGCCGAAAGGUUGCCUUGUUUGCGGGCUCGGAAGGAAAGAAACACGAGGAAUCCUUGUUGGCUGAAAUAGAUUCGCCUUUUCGACCACGAUUUACGAUGCGUCGUGAUUUCUGUUUUGUCUUCCGAGCUUCCUGCGCCGGCAGAACUGAAGGAAGGGCUGUGGCUGCUGUUCCUCCAAGCGAGAAACGGGUCGGGUUCAUGCAGGGGCGCUGAGGCGAGAUUGGCGUGGGUGUCUGUCACGCAUUUUGCAUUGCCCAGCCGUUUGCCGCCAUUCAUCACGGCGGAACUAAAAGAAAUCACUCUUGGGCUUCCGGCGUUGCAGACGCGUAUUCUUUGUCACGUUUCAUUUGGAAGGUCGCAAAGUAACGAGAAAAGCUUUGGAGUUUAGCAUUAACGCUUUCGGCGGGAGGCUUCAUCCGCCCAAAGUGAGGCGGCGGCGGAGGAGAAAUGUGGAGCUGUUGAAGUCUUUUUGCUGAUGAGAAGAACCACAUGAAAUACGCAGUAAUGUAGAUUUGAUUUAGGGCAUGAAAAACGGACAUUGAUAUUUCUAUGGAAAAAAAGCUGCAGCAGGCUGAGAUGUCGAUUCUAGGCUUAAGAUCCAUGCAGCAUUAUUCUUUGAGAAAAAGAUGCAUUUUUAUGCUGAAACUUACUUGUUUUAUUCUGACCGUGUUCAUUUUCUGUGAAUUUUUAAUUUAUUAUGUAGUUAUAAUUCAAUGUCAUUGGCCGGAAUUGAAAAAUCAGACUCUGGGGAUUAACAAACCGAAUUCACAUUCUGUCUUGAAAACCAUCUUUUUAUCAGAUCCUCAUUUGCUUGGUAGAAUCAAUGGACAUUGGUUGGACAAGCUAAGGAGGGAAUGGCAAAUGGAGAGGGCCUUCCAAACUGCCCUCUGGCUUCUGCAGCCAGAAAUAGUUUUUAUCCUGGGUGAUAUCUUUGAUGAAGGAAAAUGGAGCUCUUCCCAGGCCUGGUCAGAUGAUGUAAGACGCUAUCAAAAAAUAUUUUGGCAUCCAGACCACACAGAAGUAUUUGGCAUUGUAGGCAAUCAUGACAUUGGCUUUCAUUAUGAAAUGACAUCAUUCAAGUUGGAACGUUUCUCUAAAGUUUUCAACUUCUCUUCCGAAAACAUAAUAACUCGGAAAGGGAUAAAUUUUCUUAUAGUGAACAGUGUUGCUCUUGAAGGUGACAGGUGUAUAAUUUGCAGAACAGCAGAAGCCAAACUCAUUGAACUUUCCCACCAACUGAAUUGCUCACUGAAGAAACAAAAUCAAUAUAAAAAAAGCUGUACGAAUGUGGAUAAGCUCCCAACUUCGGCUCCAAUUCUAUUGCAGCAUUAUCCUCUUUAUAGAAGAAGUGACUCAGAAUGUACAGGAGAAGAUGCUGCUCCCCUGGAGAAAAAGAAUGACCUCUUUCGGGAGAAAUAUGAUGUGCUUUCUCAGGAAGCUUCCCAGAAGCUAUUGUGGUGGUUUCAUCCUCGAUUGAUACUGAGUGGCCAUACCCAUAGUGCCUGUGAAGUGCUUCAUAAUGGUAACAUUCAUGAAAUCAGUGUUCCAUCAUUCAGUUGGAGGAACAGAAACAAUCCUAGUUUCAUAAUGGGCAGCAUAACAUCAACAGAGGUCUCCCUCUACAAGUGCUUUCUUCCAUAUGAGAACACAGUAAUAGCCAUUUACUGUACAGCAGGAUUCGUGCUGGUAGUCCUCAUUCUGGCUCACUUUCAGCCCCUUCUUUCCCCUUACCAUUUUGUUCAGCGUUUAAUCACUAAAUAUAAAGCACUAUGAAAAGUCAGACACUUGGAAUCAGUCACUGACACACCAAAGCUAAAGAACAAUCCAUCAGACUACAUUCAUGCCAGCAAAUGUGUACUUGAAUUGCUAGCCCAAAGGCAAACUGCUCUUACAGACAGAAAGCUCUAGACAGUUGAUAGGACUUUUUUUUUUACUACAGGAUAAAGUAACUGCU